AUGACAGUGAGAGCUGUGAAGGAGCGGGCUGUAAAACUCCAGUUUGCUUGCUGGGAUGGUGACUGCCAGCUGCAAACACCUUGUCGAAUCCAGAAGUGCACCACCGAUUUUGUAUCCUUAACUUCACAUCUAAACUCAGCUCUUGAGGGCUUUGAUUUGGAGUUCUGCAAGGCCCUGCGAGCGUACUCUGCCUGUACCUAUCGCAAUUCCAAAGUAUGCCGUGGAAACCUAGUCUACCAUUCUGCAGUGCUUGGGAUCAGCGACCUCAUGAGCCAGAGAAACUGUUCCAAAGAUGGACCCACAUCCUCCACCAACCCUGAAGUGACCCAUGAUCCCUGCAAUUACAGUGGCCACACAGAAGCCAGAGAACAUCAGGGAGGGGAGAAGACUCAUCCUACUACUUACCUAUUUUGUGGCUUGUUUGGUGAUCCUCAUCUGAGGACUUUUAAGGAUCACUUCCAGACAUGCAAGGUGGAAGGUGCUUGGCCCCUCAUAGACAAUAACUACUUAUCAGUGCAAGUGACCAAUGUGCCUGUGGUCCCAGGAUCCAGCGCUACUGCUACAAAUAAGAUAACUAUUAUCUUUAAAUCAUACCAAGACUGUACAGAUCAGAAAGUAUAUCAAGCAGUGACUGAUGACUUGCCUGCAGCUUUUGUUGAUGGUACAACAAGUGGAGGUGAUGGGAACACCAAGAGCUUGCGAAUUGUGGAGAAAGUCAGUGGCAAAUAUGUCGAAAUGCAUGCCAAGUACAUUGGGACCACGGUGUAUAUACGCCAGCUUGGGCACUACUUAACAUUGGCCAUUCGCAUGCCUCAAGAGUUGGUCAUGGCCUACGAGGAGAGCCAGGAUCUGCAGCUGUGUGUGAACGGUUGCCCUUCAACUGAACGUAUUGAUGAUAGUGGCCACUUACCAUUGCCUGUGAUGGGGCAGUUGCUCCCUCAGGGUGGUGCUGCUCAUCCCUGGUCAGUGUACACGCUGGAAACUGCCACCACCAAAUGCCAUGAGAAGAUGCUGGUGAAGGACAUCUAUUUUUACUCAUGUGUAUUUGACCUGCUCACCACUGGUGACGCUAACUUCACGGCUGCUGCUCACAGUGCCUUGCAGGAUGUGGAGGCACUGCACCCCAGAAAAGAGCACUGGCAUAUCUUUCCCAGCAAUGGAGGUGGUGGUGUGGGCAAGGGUAGCAAAUUCUUUGUUGGUCUUGGACUUGUGUGCUUGAUCCUUCUUGUGUUUUUGUAGGUUUUGUUGUCUAUAACAAAGUUUUGAAAUAUAUAUUGUCAUAAUAUAUUGAGUAAAGAUGAGUAUAUAUGUAUAUAUCAUGUAUAUGAAGGGGUGUUUUGUCUUGGGACACCUACCAGAUUGUACAUAUUGUGUUAACUGUUUUCGUGUAUGUUUGAUGUAGUAUUCUUUGUACCUAUUUGUUCUGCAGUUGGUGAAAUGUUUUAUAAUGUCCCUGCAUUGGGACCUGAUAGAAAGCACUUUAUUUUUUAUAUAUUAAAUAUUUAUGUGUGUAUCUGAGUAACUAUGUAUUAUACCUACAUAAACGUGCAUACAAUACUCAGUGUUCCCUCUAAGUACUACUUGGUUUAACCGAUUUUUUUAAUUGGAUUAGUUUGUGGUUUUUUUCUAUCAUUUCUCUUACUCUAGAGACAGCAUGUCUCUUGUCCUGUAAUGACAUUGGUGAUUUGCUGGGUUCACUAGUUAAAAUUAUUAAGAAUGGAGUUGUAUUCUGUCCCUCAAACAAAUGGCCAUCCCUUCUUUGGAGGGAGAGAGUGAAGUGCUUCCCAUUAGC